AUGGCAACCAAGACGCCCGCGCGCAAUGCCAGCGCUGCCGCCGCAGUACAAUCCGUCAAGUCGGCCGUUGGCCUCGAACAGCCACUCUUCCCCGGCGAGCCCGAUGCUCCGACUGUUCGCACCGAAAUUCCUGGUCCCAUAUCAAAAGAGGCGAUCAUUGCACUUGACAAAGUCUUCGACACACGGUCGUUGAACAUGAUGGCCAACUACCAGAACAGCUACGGAAACUACCUCGCGGAUCUUGACGGCAACGUGUUGCUCGAUGUAUACGCUCAGAUCGCAUCGAUCCCAAUCGGAUACAGCAACCCGGCCUUGCUCGCCGCUGCCACUUCCCCAGAGAUGGCAAGCGCAAUCAUCAAUCGUCCUGCGUUGGGAAACUUUCCACAGCAUGACUGGGCGGAGAUUCUGGAAACCGGCAUGUUGAAGGUUGCUCCCAAGGGUUGCGACCAGGUCUUCACAGCUCAAGCUGGGUCCGAUGCCAACGAGCUGGCAUACAAGGCGGCCUUCAUGUACAAGCGUCGCCAGCAGCGAGGUGGUCCAGAUGUUGAUUUCACUGCUGAUGAGAUCUCUUCGGCCAUGAACAACCAAUCUCCCGGUGCACCGAACAUGUCGAUCAUGUCGUUCAAGACUGCAUUCCACGGACGUCUCUUUGGCUCCCUAUCCACCACGCGCUCCAAGCCGAUUCACAAGCUUGACAUCCCUGCCUUUGACUGGCCACAGGCUUCGUUCCCAGCUCUCAAGUACCCGCUUGAGGACCACGUUGAGGAGAACGCCCGAGAGGAGGCUCGCUGCCUUGCGGAAGUCGAGGAGAUUCUGACAACCUUCCACUCGCCGCCAGCUGCUGUCGUUGUUGAGCCGAUCCAGUCCGAGGGUGGUGACAACCACGCCAGCCCGGCUUUCUUCCAGGGUCUCCGAGAGGUGACUCGCAAGCACGAUGUACUCCUGAUCGUCGACGAGGUGCAGACUGGUGUUGGUGCUACUGGCAAGUUUUGGGCGCACGACCACUGGAAUUUGCAGGAUCCUCCGGACAUGGUCACCUUCUCCAAGAAGGCGCAGACUGCGGGAUACUACUUUGGCAACCCGGAGCUGAGGCCCAACAAGCCAUACCGUCAAUUCAAUACCUGGAUGGGUGACCCUGCGCGCGCCAUCCUCUUCCGCGCCAUCAUCGACGAAAUCACCCGCCUCAACCUCGUCGAGAACACCGCCGUGACCGGUGACUACCUGUUCUCCGGUCUCGAGAACCUCGCCAAGAAGUACCCGGGCGAGAUCCAGAACCUUCGUGGAAAGGGUCAGGGCACGUUCAUCGCAUGGGACUCUCCCCGACGUGACGAGGUGCUCAAGAAGGCAAAGUCCGUGGGCAUCAACGUUGGAGGUUCCGGAGAAAAGGCCGUCCGACUCAGGCCGAUGUUGAUCUUCCAAAAGCAUCACUCUGACAUUUUCCUGGAGGGGAUGGAGAAGAUCUUCAAGUCGUGA